AUGAUCAACACCCUACACCACGUCAUGAUGACCAAGUCUGUUCUCGACCCAGUACCUAUUGAGCACAACUCUUGCAUCAAGCACUUGCUUGAGGCAUACUGGCGUCUUCAGGAGCAACUGCAAAAGACUGAGCAGGAUCUGGUAGAGGAGAGGGAGACGAAGGAACGCAGCCUCGAAGAGUUUGCCAAGAUGUCGUCAGAGUGGGAGAAAAAGGAGGCUGAUUUUCUCGCCGAGAUCAAGAGAAUGGAAGUGGUGCUUUCCAAAGUCGCCCCUGACGGCGUCGGUGCAGUCGUCCUCGCUCGUUCUGGAAGCAUCGUGGACAGAAGCAAGAGAUCUUCCAAACUGUUCAAGGAUAGGAUUGAGAAGGCCAAAAGCCCCGAGAAAGGUCAGCACAGUUCUCCGGCUGAAGGCGCAACGGUUAUCAGGAUACUGACGCACUACGACAAAUCGCAAGAUUGCAGCAAGUCUCACGACGUUGAGGGCUCUACCAUGUCUGCCGCGCCGGAGAGCGCACGCCACAACCACACAACCUACUUGUCCAUGCGCCCGAAUCUAGACGACAACGCAGAUGCCGAGUUGAGCGAGCAGAUCAGAACCAAGCAGCGAAGACGGUUCUGGGGAACAAAGUACGACCCGAGAAAGUUUCCCGCGCGAACCCGCUCGACAACAAGCCUUGCUGUCAACGAGUCGAACAAGGGCCAAACCCCAGCUAGAUCGACUACCAAAUGCUCUGCGUCUGGACCCUCUCAACAAACGGCGGGCACACAAGAAGGCACUGUGCCCCCUACCACACCAGAUUCAGCUAGCGAAGUGACUAUUCUUCACAUUGACGAGGACGAUUCGUCCGGUCUCGUUCCCAGAACUACUGGCGUCGAUCUUACAGCCGAACCCGCCAGUCACCAGCUGCUCGAUGAGCACCCGGAUAUCUUGACGGAAACCCAUGAAGAGGGUAGUCGACAGGAUGAGCACAAAUCCAAUGAAUUCAAUCGCCACAAAAGAGAGUUUUCUUUCGAUCCGGGAGAGGACGGCAUCCCGCUGAGUCCCUUGGCGAGCAAGCCUCGGGCUGUGGAACGUUCCACAAACCAGAAUCGACGCGAGUAUGGUUCUAUUCAAGGGGCACAGAAGACAUCAGGAUUGCGUUCAGGAGAUGCAGAAUCGUUGACGACAGGAAGUAGGCGCCACAGCUUCAGGCCUGUCAAUGUCGGAGCCAUGCCCCCAAGCCUUGAAGUCUCUCGAGUGACAGGCAACCGCCCAAGAAGAACCAUGGGUGAUGUUAACGACGGUUAUUGUGGUCUCCAGGCGAGCCACGAAGCUCACGACAGGUCUGCAAAUACUUAUAACACGUCUGAUGGACGCUUCUACGUUGGAGAUAGAUCAGGCCCGAAGGAAACUUUGGCCAACGAUGCCGACCAGGCACUUGUUGCCGCUCGCUUCGCCCAGAAGCAUUUCAGCUCCGAAGUACAGGACGACGAUUAA